ACCUCACUGCACUGUUCUAAGCACAGUGAAAGUGAUGGGGCUACCGUCAAAAGGGGAUUAUUCUAUAACCCUUUGCUACAUUUACUGCGGUAUAUUUGGAACAAACGUGAUGAAUUCUAAGUCUGUCAAAGUAGUUCGCAGUAUAAUUUUAUAACACAUUGUAUUACAACAUUAUGCUACGGUGUAUUUAGUAGAAGGCAGAUUUGUAUAGUUUCCUAGUGAGGAAUUUGAAUGCGAGCAAAAUAUUGAACUCGACGACGUGAUGAAUUAUAGCGAAGAUGGGUCUGCGAACUGUCUUCCGACUUUAUAUCACAUGGACGAUUUCGACAUCGUUAUGGACGUCGGUUGAAGAUUACUUCGAGGAGAAAGUUUGCUACGAUGACCUAGGCUGUUUCCCCACGACUUUUCUCAGUUGGCAUCAUCGGCAACCGUCCACACCCAUUGAGAUCAACACAACAUUUACUCUCUUCACUCCCGAAACACGAGAGACUCCAGGGGAGAGUCUAGCGAUUGAUAUGAGCCCACAAGGAUGGAGAAAUUGUUCCUUUGAUCCUGAAAGAGACACGAAAAUUGUUAUCCAUGGGUUCCAGGACAGUAGAUUGCUUCGAUAUUCGCUCGAGAUGCAGAACAUCCUUCUUGAUAUGAACGUCAAUGUUAUCAUGGUUGACUGGAGCAAGGCGGCAGAAAACCUAGACUAUGACCAAGCACGGGCUGAUACACGCGUGGUCGGCGUCCAAGUCGCACGGCUGAUCGAACGGCUUACCAAUGAGACUGGAGUAACUCUCGACAGCGUGCAUAUGAUCGGACAUAGCCUGGGCGCCCACACGGCCGGGUACGCUGGCGAGGCUCUGGCUGGCAGGGUGGGAAGGAUCACAGGUUUAGACCCAGCUGGUCCUGAAUUUAGAUUUUCUCUGACUGGUGCCGAGUGCAGACUUGACCGAACAGACGCCAUGUUUGUUGACGUCAUACACACUGAUGGGGAGAUUAUCAUCGCAGGGGGCUUCGGUUUGAUGGACGAGCUCGGCCAUCAGGAUUUCUACCCAAAUGGUGGCUAUUCUCAACCGGGUUGCGUCAUAGAUCCUGUUUGCGAUCACAUGCGUUCCUUAGAUCUCUUCUUCGAAUCAGUCUCAAACUCCCCCACUACAAAAUUCGCCUCAAUGAGAAAGGCGACCGAUUGGGAGCGCAUGAAAGAAGGCGACUUCUUGCAGUGCAACCAUACAGUGCCGUGUCCCAAUAUGGGGUACUGGGCUGAUAAGAGCAAAGGAGAAGGCGUUUAUUAUCUUGAAACGAAGGAGGACUCGCCGUACAGUCUUAGCUAGGCCUGGCUUAUGGUCCUUUUUUUUUCUUCUUGAGUAGCCUACAUAUGGGAGUGAAAGCUCUUGCGAAAAUUUGUCACUGGUGCAAAAACAACAAUGAUUACUGACACCACUUUCGAUUAUACAACGGAAUUUGCAUUUAAAUAUGAUGGUAUAUAAAUCCCUGAACAAUUUGUCUCCUCCUUAUUUAGAGGAGUCCUCCA